AUGGCCGACGACUCGGCCGCCCCAGCCACGGCUCCUUGUCCAUGCUGUGGCAUUGCCGCCACCAAGGUCUGUUCGGGCUGCAGGGACAUUGUCUACUGCAGCCCCGCAUGUCAAAAGGCGGACUGGCCCUUCCACAAGCAUCUCUGCAAGACCUUCAAGGACUUUCAAGAGCGUCCCGCCCCAGAUAUGAGGCGUGUCGUCGUCUUCCCAGAAGAUGGCGACAGGCCCAUUUUCAAGUGGCUCGAGGUAGAGGACUUCCCAUGGGGCCAUAAAGUCUGCAUUGAAGGCACCGACCUGGAAAAGGCGACGUGGCCAAGGGACUGCACAUUCAACCCCAGAACUAUGCAGCUACUUCCUGAGCGCAUCGUUAUUUACUACGACGACAGCUUCAGCUGGGGCUCCGGCUGCUUCAACACAUCAUUGAUGGCCGCCACCGACGGCCGCCUUGGAUAUCAGUGGGAUGGUCCAAUGAUUGCAGUCUCCGGGGCUUCUUAUGAAGAGAACUCAGUCUACAACAUGCGAGACUUCAGCAUGAGCCAGUACAGUUCAUUGAUCGCCUUCUUCGUCGCAUUCACCUUCACUACCCAAAGGAAGUUUGUGCAGUACGACGAACAAGAGUUCACGUCGCAUGUGGAGGUGCUCAAGCUCUUGAAUGUUCCCUGCGACUGCGAUGGCGAGCAAGUCACAAUGUAUCAUUUCGAAACCAGCGCCGACCAUCCAAUCUUCCACGAUCGAGUCGGCUCUCUCGUGCCACGCCAUCAUCAGAAUGUCGGUCCCGCUGGGACUUACUCCCCAAUCUCACAGCGCAUCGGAAUGUCCCUCCUAGCCUGGAAAGUCGACUCACUCGACACCACCCACUCACUCACCACCCCAUCCAUCGCAACCAUCUUCACGCUCAUCGAAGCGGAUGUCGACACCUUCGGCACCAUUUUACCCGGCUGGGAUCAUGUCCGCGCCGACGUUCUGCUCGGUAGAUGUGAGGCAGAACCCCUCGAUCUGAGCCACGAAGAAGUGACACGAUUCCUCGCCUACUGUGAGCAUUACGUGGCGCCUUUGGUGGCAUGGGCGCUCGAGGUCGACAAGGCGAGCAGAAUGCCUCGGAUCGAAGAAGUGCUGGAGAAAGUGACGGCCAAGACGUGGGAGUCUUUCCACUUGCCGUAG